CCUCAUUGCCGAUUGAGGUUUAGUUUCGAUCACAGCCCACUGGAAGAUGAUUGCUGGCAUUCGAGUGAUUUUCCUUAUUUUCGGGGCAUUUCCCACGUUCUUAUCGCCCACUCGGAGCCAGGAGCUGCCGCAGGAGUGUGGCAAGCUGCGGGAGACCCAGCUUCACAACGAAAUGGAGAUCACCGCUCCAAACGAGUAAUCCGGAUACUGAAUUCUUAUGUCUGGCAGUGCUGAUCCAUCGGCGCUUUGCCAUCCUUCCCGCUUCCUGUGUUCUGCUCGAUGGUACCAGAUCACCAGUGUUUAUUCUCUUCGGUGACUGGCGCGCAAACGAGAACUUCAAAGUGGGCGACUGUCGCCUGGAGAAGGACUCCACCACAUGCACUCCGCCACCGCAAGCAGUGGACAUGGAGCACAUCUCGGUGGAUCCACAGUAUAAGGUGGGAGAACACGACUACGACAUUGCACUGGCCAAGAUGGUGCGGGACGUCGAACUCUCGGAAUUCGUGCAGCCGCUGUGCUUGCCGCCCGCUCGAGAGAUCGAGGGCAACCACAUCUCCCGGCGACUGGAGAUGGCGGGAUUCGUGCUAGAGCAUUCCUUCAACGGGGAGAGGACCCUCGACGUGCAGUGGCGGCGGAAGGUGGUGAGGCACACGACCAGCCUGGAGUUCUGCAUUUCGCUGGCUGAGGCCCUCGAAAAACUGACCCUUUCCCAGAACCACCUGUGUGGCGUUGAGAUAAAACCAAAUAACCUCAUGUCUGGGUCACCGCUGAUGGACGUCGAAGUGGUGGACGGGAAGCCUCGGAACUUCUACCUAGUCGGAAUAAACACCUUCGAAACAGAGUCUGAUUCUGCCUCUCCGAUCUACAUAGACGGAUUUAUGCGCAUUUUGCCGUUUCGGAACUGGAUCUUGGAAAACAUUGAAUAUGCCAUGCAUUAAAAUAAAAUGUAGAAAAAGAGAAAUGACGUGCCAAUUACACAGAUUAAAUGGAUUUUAG